AUGUCUGAGAAUCCACUACUGGGAUUGAUUCACAGGGCUUCUAUUCUUCUUCCAACUAAUCCCGAACAAGCCCUUCAAGAUUUACUCGCUUAUAAAUCUACCUACUCUGAAUCACCAUUGUACUUACAAACAUUAGGUGAAGCUUACCUUGAAACAUCCAAUGUUGAAGAUGCAUACGGAGUUUUAUCGAAAGCAUGUGAACUAGAUCCAAUUGCAGAACAGGGAACAGAAAAGUUUUUUCACUUGGGUCAAAUUGUCGGUGGUGAAAAUGGAGUACAGUUACUCGAAGUCGGUGUUGCAAGAUUAAUCCAGCAAGCUCAAAUUUUACAAUCCUUGAGUACAGGUGAGUUACAAGCAAAUGAAGAUUUAGACCAAGGGGUCCAAAUACUAUUACAAGCAUAUGGAAGUGAAGAGAAAAUAAGUGAAUAUAUUGUUAGUAAACUUACUCAAGGUAUUGCUGCAAUUAUUGAAAUCUGGAUGACAGACUUGUGUAUGGAACCACAAGCUGAGUCAGAGUGUGAAAAAUGGGCUCAAAGUUUAUUGGACAUGUGUAAUGACAAUCCAGAGACACAUUCUGUUAUUGCCAGUAUUCGUAUUUCACAAGAGAGGAUCCAAGAUGCAAUUAAGGAAAUUGAAGUAUCAUGGGACUUAUUCCAAAAGAAGAAACAGACAUUGGAAGACAUUGCAAACUCAAAUGAAAACAUAGAUCCAGACGAAAUUGAAAUGAUGUAUAUCGAGCUGUACCAACCUUUAGUCACGCUAGCCAAAUAUGCCGUUGAAUGCGGUAUGUUUGAAACUGCAGCUGAUAUUUCUGCAUCUGCAAGAGAUAUCAAUGAAGAUGGUGUUGAGGCAAUGUACGUUGAGGGUUUUGCAAAUUAUUUGGACGCCAUUAGAAUACAGAAUAACGUUACCGGUGAAGACUCCAUGAAAAUUGGACGUGAAUUUGAAGAAUAUACAUUGAACGGCAAGGUUGAUGAAAACGAUCCAAGCCACACGCCCAUCUAUGCCUCUCGGUUGGCUCUCAGUGCGGCGGUAAAAUCACUCUACGACGAAGAGCUAGCUGCACAGAUCGACAUGGAAUUGCAAAAAACAAUAAAGGAACUACUUGAAAAAGUGGGUGGUUUCCUGAACAAGGAAAAGGAUGUAACCGGUGUCAACGAAUCGAAUUGGGAAGAUGAAAUUCAGGAAGAAUAA